AUGCGCUGACCACGCAUUAAAAAAAGACUAAAAGAAGAAGAGGAAGAAGAAGAAAGGGAAGCGUAGUUUGCAAAUAUCAUCUUCGUAGGAAAAUAUUAAUACUAGGUUCACGAACGUUAGAAGAAUCUAGUGUAAUUAGCAAAUAUGAUAAAGGCUAUUUUAAUUUUUAACAAUCAUGGAAAACCGCGCCUUAUCAGAUUUUACCAGUAUUUCGCAGAAGACAUGCAACAACAGAUAAUCAGGGAAACGUUCCACCUCGUUUCGAAGAGGGAUGACAAUGUCUGUAAUUUCUUGGAAGGAGGAAGUUUGAUUGGUGGAUCUGACUACAAGCUGAUCUACCGACACUACGCAACACUUUACUUUGUGUUCUGUGUGGAUUCUUCAGAAAGUGAGCUUGGAAUUCUGGACCUGAUACAGGUCUUUGUGGAAACGCUUGACAAAUGCUUUGAAAAUGUCUGUGAAUUGGACCUCAUAUUCCACAUGGACAAGGUGCAUUACAUUCUUCAAGAGGUGGUGAUGGGGGGAAUGGUGCUGGAGACCAACAUGAAUGAAAUCGUGGCUCAGGUGGAGCUACAGAACCGCAUGGAGAAAUCCGAGGGGGGCCUGUCCGCCGCUCCGGCUCGCGCCGUGUCAGCCGUCAAGAACAUGAACCUUCCGGAAAUCCCCCGAAACAUCAACAUCGGAGACAUAAACAUCAAGGCUCUCUUGAAAGCCCAGGCCCAGUAAGAAGGAACCCUGAUGUCAGCCGUUUGCAGCUGGGGGUUGCAAGGAAACGCCUGUGGCAGAGUCUGGGGGCUCUGGGGUGCAGGUUGGUCCAGAAACAGUUUGUUAGCUGGGUGUCUUUACUCUGCCUUCUUUCCUCUCGCCCACCCACCUGUUCUGAGAUAUGGGGAACAUACAAUAUUAAUGAUAAUUUGUUAUUUAGCUGAUGCUUUUUAUCUAAAGUGACUUACAGUUGAUUAGACUAAGCAGGGGACAAUCCUCCCUGGAGCAAUGCGGGGUUAAGGGCCUUGCUCAUGGGCCCAACAGCUGUACGGAUCUUACCGAUCUACACCAAGGCUUGAACCGCCAAUCCUCUGCGUCCCAGUCAUGUACCUUAGCCACUAGGCUACAGGCUGCCCUGUCUACUUUGUGUCUGAGAGAGAAUGUGUACCCAAGAACAGACAUAAAGAUAAUGGCAGAAAAAAAAGGGGGGGGGGGUGUGGUGUCUGAGAAUUUGAAAUGACAAAAACAGACAGGCUUGGAAGGAACACCGUGGUCCAUAGUGCCGGCUUCCUGCUGGAUUGGAGUGUUACAGCGGGCCAGGAAAACAUUUAAAACUCUGUGCGUAUGGUAGGGGUUUCACCAAAAUGACUUUACAGCUCCUCUUCAGACAUGUCCGUGAGGGAGAGAGAGGGCAGCGAGUGAGAUGGAGGGAGAGGGUUUUUUGGAGACAGGGUAGUCGCUGAGUUUCUUUUAGCUCUGGGCAGGCCUUCUGAUUGGUCUAUAGCUUCUUGGUGUGGGUCAUUAUUGGUUAGAAACCGUGCUUCUUGUCUGAAGUUUGUCAUAUUUGAUCUACAGCUGUUGAGUCCUGGAGAAAAUAUGAAAAAACUAUACUGAAAGUCACAUAGAUGUGAGAUGAUUUUUUAUUUUUUUUUCCUUUCUGAAGUUCAACUUCUAGUUUGGUAAGGGUUGCCUGUGAUAGGAAACACCUGCUGUUUGCACUGAAGGGAACCGCUCAGCUUUUGCCCGUGUCUGCACUACUGUACUAUUCUGAUGUGCGAUAUUCAGGAGCUUGACUGUAAAGUUGUCACACUUCUUUGUUAAAUGAUCCCAUUGACAUAGUUUUUUUUUGUUUUUGUUCCCCACAUACAAUUCCCAUAAAUGUUGUUGGGUUUAUAUGACAAAGUGAAUUUCAUUCCUUGAACUGUUAAAUUUUUUGUUGAAAAAUAUAUUCCGCCUUGUACAUUAGCUCUUAUAUUAAAGACAUGUUUAAGUUCUACUGCAUGCCGUCCAGAAAUGGUUUGCUCAUCAAUAUUUCAGUUGGUUACAUGGGUAUAUAUACUGUAACAUGGAGAGGUGAUUGCCGUGCAUCAGUCAGGUAUUAUUUAUUUAUUACAAAUGUGAUUUUUUUUUUUCCUUUGUUGAAUAAUUCUCUAGAAUUCUGAGGAGUGAUGCUGUACUGUGUGACACAAUGUAAAUUCCCGAAUCAUUAAUAAAUGAGCAAUAGAAAAAACA